AUGACUGCCGCUCUCACUGCUGCUGUUGCGGCGGAGUGUUUCCCCACCCCACCGGAGGUCCCCCAACAUCUGCAGAAACCCCUCGCGGAAGUAUUCACAAAAACUCUUCAGGACCGAAAUGCCGGCAGCAAAAAGUACACCUUCACGAUGGACGUCCCUCUCACAGAGGCCGAAGUGCGACGAUGGGAGGAUCAACUCAAUCAAACUUCUCCACCGCCAACAGCGCCGAAUGCGAGUUUCAUUGGUGGAGGCUUUCUGGAUGCGGCGGCUGUACUCGCCAUGGGAGGAGAAGCCGAGAAACAACAACAAUCUGUGCAUAAACUGACCCCAAUGAAAUUGUUUAAUCCUAAACUUGUGGUUCGUAUGCCUAUGAGUAAAGUUCUUCUGCAUAGACGAAAGUGGUUGCCUUACCGACAACGUCUACCUAUUUAUCAAUGUCGUGGACCUCUUUUAGAUGCCUUGUUAAAUAGUUAUGUACUUACUGUGGUAGCUCCACCUGGUAGUGGUCGUACUCUACAGUUACCUCAGAUUAUAUCAGAAACAGAAAUAUUUAAGAGUAAACGUUUGAUAGUUGUUUGUUCAACAAAUUUGUCGGCCUGUCGUACUGCAGAAAGACUACGCGAGGAACGUGGUGAACAUCCUACAUCUACAACUGUUGCAGUGUGUACUUCAACACAAUAUGACGUGGUAGAAGGAACAUUAAUAGCGGUAACUACACCGGAUAUGCUUGUGCGACAGUUACUAUGUGAUCCAUUACUACUUAAUACUGGAUGUGUUAUUAUAAAUGAUAUGCAUCUACGUUCACCCAUAACGGAACUCUGUAUGUCCCUUCUUCGUAGUAUAAUACGUUUACAAAAGGAAGAACAUGGAGUUGAAAAACGUGGUGGUGAAUUACAUAUUGUGAUGGAUUGUCUUGAAGAUAGUCUUGCCACUAUGAUAUCAGAAUUCUUCGGUGAUGAUUGCACAGCACGUGUAAAUUUGCAGCAAGUCUUACAACAGGAUCUUAAGACGACUGGUGUGGAUUCUCAUCAUGUUAGUACAAUUUGGUCUCCUCCAUGUGUAUUACAUCUUGAAGAAACUAUUCAGUGGCUUGCCAAGUGUGAAGGGGAGGGUAGUUUUCUCUGUAGAGAUCCUGUAGAGGAUCUCCGUCACUAUGAGGAAAAUAUUGGGGUAAGGGCAAAAAUAAUGGCAGCUGAAGAUGCUGAUUUUACAAAUGAAGGAAAACUUCGUUCUUACUGGUGUCCUAUUAUUGUAAAUGCUGUUAAAGAAUAUGAUCAGGCGGAACGUAAAGAGUUGGUAGCCAAAGGAAAAGAAAAAGAAGAAGAAGAAGAACAACAACAACAAGAAAGACCUUUAUCUAGUGUCGUUGUUGUUGUUCCUAAUGCAAUGACAUUAAAAAUUGUUGCCGAAGCGUUAUCCCAUGGUAUAGAUGAAAAUACAGUGAAUGAAGAAGCGGAAGAAGGAUCUUUAUUACAGCCAUUUAUAGUUCGUACAAUUCAUAGUGAUGUUACCUCUGAAGAGUUACGCUCUAUCUUAAAUAAUAAUAAUAAUAAUAAUAAUAAUAAUAAUAAUAAUAAUAACAACAACGAAAAAAACAAAGGUAAACGAUUGAUUCUAGUUACUAUGCCAAUUAUGGCACAAUCUGUUCUUCCCUCAACAUUAGAGGUAGGACUUGUGGUAGAUUGCGCACGAAAUUCUUAUAUCUCUUAUGAUGUUAACACCGAGACAAAUACUUUAAAUACGGUAUACAGUCAUGUACAAGAUCUUCGUUACCGUCGAACUAUUGCCCGAAUUCGUCGUAGUGAUUCAGAAAGUGAAAAAGUUGGUAUAUCUUCCCCUGUCUCUAUGGUAAUCCAAUUGAUUCCAAAAUCUAUUCUUCACAGUACACAACACCGACGUGUUAGUGCGGAUCUCAGUCAACACUCUAUAUUUCAUAUGAGUUGGGAUGCAUAUGUAGAAAUGUAUCAUUUACUACAAGCUCGUGAGGAAAGUUUACGUUGUCGUGAAGUGACUAUUCCAUCUACAAGUACAGAAAAUAAUAAUAAUAAUAAUAAUAAUAAUAAUACUUUAUCAUCUAUGGUAGCACAGUUAAUUCCUUCUAUUUUUCUCUCUGUACCAGCAGCCUCUACUAGUCGAUAUGAACAACUUCGUCGUAUCUUUACAGCUGUUGAACAUCAUAUGUAUCGAUUGGGUCACUUGGAACAUGUGAAUGGAGAAUUAUUUCCGAAAUUAUCACCUCUUGGAGUGGCGGCCACUUGUUUUUCAUGGCCUCUUUCUAUUAUACGAUUAUUGAUGAUGUCUAGAUUGGAUGAUUGUGUAGUUCCUGCAAGUGUAAUAGCGGCUACGUGGAUGAUGGGAGAUAUCUUUGCAUCCAUAGAUGCAGAUGUUGAAACUAAACAACUUUUAAAAGAAGCUCGAGUAUUUUUUUCACGAGAUUCUGGAAGUGAUGUUGUGAGUGCUUUUAACGCUUACCGUAUGUGGCUUUCACUACGUGGGAAAUCACAAGAAAUGGAAGAUGCUUUUUUAAGUGAAAGUCAUAUUCCUAAAAAACUUUUAUUACAAAUAGAAGAACAACAAUUGGCUUUAUUACGUGUACUGGAGGCAACUGGUAUCUUUCGUUUACUCCCUUUCUCAAAGUCAUCAUGCGAUAAUGAAAGGAAUGGAAAUAACUCUGAAAUGAGUUAUUCUACUAUGGUAACUACGGUGAGAUCUAAAAUUCUUGAUAUUCCAGAGGAUGUCUUGUUAACAGGUGAAUCUUUUCUACGUUCUGUUACUUGUGCAGCUUAUCCACUUUGUGCGAUUCCACAUUAUGAUGGUACAGUCUCAUCUUUGGGAUUUACAGAAAAAAUUGGAAAGACUCAACAAACAACUAGAACCACAACAGUAAAUACUACUACUUCUAAUUAUAAUAAUAAUAUUAAUAAUAAUAACACUACAUCAACAGGAGGAGGAGGAGGAGGAAGUGGAACUGGUACAACUAUUUCUAAACCGACGAUACAACUUUCUGUCUUUGCAGAUGGAUCUGUUAUGAGUGUGGAAGAAGUUUAUCAACAACAUGCAGAGAAACCUUUUUUAUAUCUUCAUCGUACACGUCUCACCGAAAAAAAUAUUUACAUCUUAUCAGAGGCUAUUCCACUUUGUAUGGAUGCUGUAGUUAUGGUAUGUGGAGAAUAUAAAGAAUGGCCUAAACCACCAGCAACUCGCUGUCGUGGUUGGACCUCUGUUUUAACAAAUGCAUGGAGACAAACUAAAAGUGCGAGACGUCUUCCACCACCGGCUCAACUUCCUCCUGUUUCCAUAGGAGUAAAACCAUAUGAUACGAUUCAGUCUACACCUUUAAUUCUACAAGUAGAUGAUACCAUCUCUUUUAGUAUGCGUUCAACAACAGCAAAAUGGUUACAACAAAUGCGUAAAGAAUGUUAUCGUCGACUUAAAGCAUUAUUAUGUGAUAAAUCAUGGCCUGUUAAAAUGGAAGAUGAUACUUCACUUGGAUUAAAAGAAGCUUGGGAAUGGUGGUCUAAACGAACACGUCAUGCACAUGAUUGGCUUCGUGAGGAACGUGCAAAUCGAUUAAGUAGUUCUUUAGAUAAAGAAGAUGUAAAGAAUAGUCAUGAUAUUUUAUGUCCCUAUUAUCAAUAUAGUUUAAAUCCUGGACGACCAGCAACUAUAGUACCAACAAAGAAAAAACAUCAAGAUAUGACUAUAAAAUCUUCUUUCUCUGGAAGUGGAUUUGCAGGUGAUGGUUCUUUAGGUUCUAACUUGGAUCCUAAUAUGAAACAAUCUACUGCUUAUAUUGGUAGAAUGCCUGAUCCUGUAAUGGAUAAGAGUAUCUUAAGUGUAGCUCAAAGUAUCGCUAAAGCUCAUUCUCGUGAAAGAGAAGCAAUGUUUUUAGAAACUUAUCCUGAUCUUUUUGCUUUUCUUCAUCCUGAACAUGAGUUCCAUGGUUAUUAUCUUCAUAUUCUACGUCGUGAAGCCCCUGAUUUGGAAGUACUUGGAGAUGACUUGGAAGAGUUAGAAAAAUUUCUUAUAGAACUUGAAGAAGAAGUUCAACGUGAAAUUGGUUGGAAUGGUGCAGAAACAACAUCUACAUCUGCAGAAACAAAAGGAACACCUUACGGUAAUGCAUCCUAUGAUAAUAAAACAACUGGAGAAGAUAUACAUAGUGGUACAGCACCUUAUCAAUUUCAAGAAGUGAAUGCAGAGGAAUAUAUGGCUUCUUAUGGAAUGCAGGUAGAAACAGCAGCUGAACAUGCAACGAAACCACCAAGUUUAUUUAAAACACAUGAUACCCGAGCAACAGGUAAUUCAUCUGUAACUGGAACUACAGGAAAUACACCUUCAACAUCUUCCUUCUUUUCUCAACCAGGAAUUCUUGAAAAUCCUUCUACAGGUAUUGUUUCUCAGAAUCCUAUAGAGAAUUCUACUGGAAAUAAACCUGUUAUAGAUCCCACUGCCUCUAUUGGAAGUUUUACAUUUGAUAAGGGACCUGUUGUCGCCUCAAAUGCAUUUACUACUGGAGGAGAUUCUACUGCUGUAAGUGGUGGAAGUGCACAGACACUUAUGGAACGAUUAUUAGCUAUGAAGGGAGAUACUUCAACAUUACAAAACCAAACAGGAAUGCCAUCAAGUUUAACAGACCCACAUGGAAUGAAUAUACAAGAAACAGCAACAAUAACAACAACAACAAAUACUACUAUGAAUGUAGCUGGAUAUUCUGGUACUGGUGGUAUUCUUAAUGAUCCUUCUGCAGAUGUCUCUUCUCUUGGGACAGUUCCUCAGCCAUCGGCAUCUGCACCUCCUACGGCAGCAGAGUUAUUGGCCUUGUUGGGUGUUAUUAAUCCUCCAGCACCAGCUGUGAAUCCACUCACUAUACCUCCACCCCCACUUCCUGCAGAAGUCGUUGCUAAUCAACCUCCAUCUAUUCUUGUUUAUCCACUUCCACCACGUGAUUUUGGAAAUAUACCAUUGAUUCUCGCAAAGGCUUUGGGAGAGACAAUGGGUGUAAAGGUUGGACCUACUCGCAUUGUUGGUUCUAUUGCCCGUAUUGUGGUACCUAAUCAUAAAGUAUUAGCACGAGCACUGGAUUUAAAAUCUUUUAUCUGUGUUGGUAAAAAAGUACAUAUUUUUAAAAAUGAUCGUAUUGUAGAUAGUGUACGACCCACUGGAAACAAGGGACAGAAUGUAAAGAAUAAUACUCGUGAGGACAUGUCAUCACAUCUUCGCAAAGUGGACUACAAUCAGGAAGGACAUGAGGAUGAAGAAAAGGAUGUUCCUGGACAAUCCCCAUGUGAUUUAUACGGAAAUAUGGGUUAUUCACCCUACAAUCCCCAACAACAACAACAACAACAACAACAAACACAAGAACAACAAGAACAAGGACAACAACAACAAUUGCAACCUCUUUUAGAUCCAGCUCCAUUUGCAUUAAAGAAAUCGAGUAACCCACCACAGAUUGGUCUUUUAACAGAUUCUGAGGAUGAUGAUGAUGACGACGGUGAUGAAGAAGAAGGUGAAGGUGAAGAGUCAUCUAGCAGUGCAGAAUCAUUUUAA